AUGGAGACCGGUACAAGCAUUGACCACAAUGGCUAUGAAACAAUCAAGAACGGUUCGUGGUUUAGCCAGUUUCGUAAUGGCUACAAUCCAUGGAUGGCUAGAUAUGUGUACGGUCUAAUGUUCCUAUUGGCAAAUCUUCUGGCUUGGGCUGUCCGUGAUUAUGGUCACGGUGCCUUGACAGAAAUGAAAAAUUUCAAGAAUUGUAAAGACGGGGUAAACUGUUUGGGGACUGAAGGCGUUUUGCGUGUUAGCUUGGGAUGUUUUCUGUUCUAUUUCAUUAUGUUUCUUUCAACCGCUGGAACAUCAAAAACGCAUUCAUGGAGAGAUAAGUGGCAUUCAGGAUGGUGGUUUGCUAAGCUUCUCAUGUGGCCUGGCUUAAUCAUCUUCCCUUUCUUGUUGCCUUCUUCCAUUAUUCAGCUCUAUGGGGAGAUUGCCCAUUUUGGUGCAGGGGUCUUUCUCUUAAUUCAGCUAAUUAGUGUCAUUAGUUUCAUUACAUGGCUAAAUGAAUGUUUCCAAUCCCAAAAAGAUGCAGAAAGAUGCCAUGUUCAUGUGAUGCUACUAGCGACUACUGCCUACACCGUAUGCAUUUUAGGGGUGAUUUUGAUGUACAUAUGGUAUGUGCCUGAUCCAUCAUGCCUUCUCAACAUAUUUUUCAUCACAUGGACUUUGUUCCUCAUACAACUCAUGACAAGUAUCUCUCUCCAUCCCAAAGUGAAUGCUGGAUUCUUGACUCCAGCACUUAUGGGGCUUUAUGUUGUGUUUAUCUGCUGGUGCGCCAUUCGAAGUGAGCCAGUGGGAGAAACUUGCAACAGAAAAGCCGAAAGUACUAGCAAAACGGAUUGGCUUACCAUCAUAAGCUUUGUGGUUGCACUGCUUACAAUGGUAAUGGCGACAUUCUCAACAGGAGUAGAUUCUCAAUGUUUCCAGUUUAGGAAAGAUGAGAAUCAAGAAGAAGAAGAGAUUCCGUAUGGAUAUGGAUUCUUCCAUUUUGUGUUUGCUACUGGAGCAAUGUACUUUGGAAUGUUACUUAUUGGCUGGAACAGUCAUCAUUCCAUGAAAAAGUGGACAAUUGAUGUUGGAUGGACAAGUACUUGGGUAAGGAUAAUAAACGAAUGGCUCGCGGUUUGCGUUUACAUUUGGAUGCUGGUGGCUCCAAUGGUAUUGAAGAGCAGACAAACAACAUGA